GAGUGCUUCGGACAUCUUUUUCCUGGGCUCCGCAGGUUUCUUAGUAUGAAGGAGGUGAAGAGCGAGCGGGAUCGGGGGAGCCGACGAAGGCACCGGGACGGGGACAUGGUGGUGGUGGUGAAGCAGGAGCGCCUCAGCCCGGAAUCCGCGCCUCCCGUGCACCGCCGCCCGGACUCCUCCGGCGGUAGUCCGUCCCCACCAGCCGGCGAGUCGGGCCGCCCGAGUCACCACGGGAACCGAGCCCGAGGAGGUAGCCGAUCUCCAGCCAGAAAGAAAAACAAGUCCUCAGGGAGAAGAAGCAAGACUCCCCGGAGUAAGAGAAGCCGAAGUCCUCACCACUCAGCAGUCAAAGUAAAGCAGGAACGUGAGGAUCAUCCCCGGAGAGGCCGGGAGGAUCGGCCGCACCGAGAACCCUCAGGACAGGAACACAGGCGAGCUAGGAACAGUGACCGAGACAGACACCGUGGCCACUUCCACCAGAGGAGAAGCUCGGACGAGAGGCCCGGCAGCGGGCAGCCUCAGGGACGGGAUCGAGAUGCCCAGAACCUACAGGCGCAGGAAGGUGAGCGGGAGUUUCACAACGCCCAGCGCCGGGAGCACCGCCAGAAGAACGAAGCCGGCAGUAACGCAUCUCAGGACUCACUUCCUCAGCCUGGCCCUGGCGGCAACAACAAAGACAAAGAAGUGCCUGUUAAAGAAAAGCCAAGCUUUGAACUUUCUGGGGCACUUCUUGAGGACACCAACACCUUUCGGGGUGUAGUCAUUAAAUACAGCGAGCCCCUGGAAGCACGUAUCCCCCAAAAACGGUGGCGUCUCUACCCCUUUAAAAAUGAUGAGGUGCUUCCAGUGAUGUACAUCCACCGACAGAGCGCUUACCUCCUGGGCCGACACCGCCGCAUCGCAGACAUUCCCAUCGGUCACCCCUCCUGCUCAAAGCAGCACGCCGUCUUUCAGUACCGGCUUGUGGAAUAUACCCGCGCUGAUGGGACAGUUGGCCGCAGGGUGAAGCCCUACAUCAUUGACCUUGGCUCAGGCAAUGGAACGUUCCUGAACAACAAGCGAAUUGAGCCACAGAGAUACUACGAACUGAAGGAAAAGGAUGUCCUUAAAUUUGGGUUCAGCAGCAGAGAGUACGUUCUGCUCCACGAGUCCUCGGACACCUCUGAAGUAGACAGGAAAGAAGACGAGGAUGACGAGGAGGAGGAGGAAGUAUCUGACAGCUAGCAAACUGAAACACAAGCCAGACUCUCGAGAGACCGUUUCUUUCUGCGAAAGCUUUGGGACUGACUCAGAGGGCGCCCCCGUGCUCUCUGUGACGCCUCUUAUU